AUGAGCAAGACUUCCCCCGCGGGCUCCCACCCCCCGGCCCCCGGCCUGGGCUCGGAGCCCUUCACUGAGACGGCGGCCGUGGUGAUGGACAACGGCACCGGCUACACCAAGGCCGGGUUCGCCGGCGACGACAAGCCCCGCGUGGUCCUGCAGUCCCUGGUGGGUGUGCCGAGCCGGAGCGGCGGAGGCGACGACCCGGGCCCCGGCUACUACGUCGGCGGCGCCAUCCCCAACGACCCCUGGAUCGCCCGGGCCGACGUGGUCACCAAUGGCGUGGUGACGGACUGGGAGGCCCUGGAGAUGCUGUGGCACCACGUCUUCUACCAGGAGCUGCGGGUGGCCCCCGAGGAGCAUGCGGUCCUCCUCGCCGACGCCCCGCUCUCCCCCGCCGCCAACCGGGAGAAGUCCGCCGAGCUCCUCUUCGAAGGGUUCGGCGUGCCGGCCAUGUACGUGGCCCACCAGCCGCUGCUCUCGCUCUACUCCACCGGCAGGACCACCGGGCUGAUCGUGGAGUCGGGGCUGGGCGUCUCGUACACGGCGCCCGUCCACAGCGGCUACACCCUGCCCCACGCCACCUUCCGCCUGGACCUGGCGGGCGGGGGGCUGACCGAGUACAUGGCCAAGCUGCUGGCGGAGUGCGGCAACCCCUUCAGCCCCGAGGAGAGGCAGGUGGUGCGGGACAUCAAGGAGAGGUGCUGCUACGUGGCGCAGGACUACGGUGAGGAGAUCCUGGCCAACGAGAACGACUACCUCACCGACUACGAGCUGCCCGACGGUCAUGUCAUCACCAUCGGCAACGAGCGGUUCCGCUGCCCCGAGGCUCUCUUCCAGCCCGGGGUGCUGGGCUUCGCCGACCCGGGCCUCCACGUGUUGGCCGUCAAGAGCCUGGAGCGUUGCCAGGCCGAGCACCAGCCCGAGCUCCUCAGCAACAUCGUGCUGUCGGGUGGCUCCUCCAUGUUCCCCGGCUUCGCCGAGCGCGUCCAGCGGGAGCUGGGCAGGCUGACGCCGGGGCAGUCCAAGCUCAACGUCUACGCCUCGCCCCAGCGCAGGUUCUCCGUCUGGAUCGGAGGCUCCAUCACGGCCUGCCUCAACACCUUCCAGUCCAUGUGGGUGCGCCGCGCCGACUACGACGACAAGGGUCCCGGCAUCGUGCACCGCAAGUGUUUCUGA